AUGACGAGAGGGCUCACGUUCAAAGUAGAGAUUUGUUCCGAGCCGUGGGAGGACGGCCUCGAAGAAUGGAGCAGAAAGCAGAACAACCUGAGAGGUGUACUCAGAAGCGUCCUGGACGGCAAAUCAGUUGUUGACGAUGAAGACCGAGAAGCGAACCCAGGCUGGAAUGCACCAAGCGGACCGGUGCGAUUACAAGUUUUUGCACUUUUCGUGCUGCAGCGAGAUCGCAAGGAAUCAAAAUAG